GUCAUUGAAGGUAUUAUUUAUACAAGGAGAAGAAAGAAGUCCACUUCUGAUUUCUUUAUUCUUAACCUUGCUUUUUUGGAUCUCUUAACCUGUGCUAUAGGAAUCCCGAUGGAAAUAGCAGAUCUCAGUUUUUCUUACACGUUCGACGCACCAGCAGCUUGUAAGAUCUUGAGAACCAUUGAGUCUUGGACCAGCAUGGCCUCGGCUUUGACCCUUGUGAUCAUUUCUAUAGACAGACACAAACGGAUCUGUAAGUUUGGGGAUAAUUUUAGCAACAAAGCGGUGAAAAGGCUUUGCCUUCUUGCAUUGUUAGUUGGUGCCUUGCUGGCAUGGCCAGCGUUGAUAAUAGUUGGAAAGAAAACGAUAGACCUAGAAAUUCCGGGGGUAAAAGGAGCUGAUUGUUCAACUUCUGAUGAAAUGAAGAAGACUGUAUAUCCCCUCAUAAAACAUUGCUUGCAGAUUGACCUUUCUGUCUUAUUAUAUCUAGACAAGAAUAUGAAUUCAACAGGAACCACUGACAAUACAUCUUCAUUGUCUGAUCUAGACCUGGCUAUUUUGCUCCAGGAACUUAAUGACAAAACAGCAUUAAGAUUUCUUCCGGUUAUUAUCUAUAUGGCACUACUGAUGUUAGUGGGGACAUUCGGAAAUAUCAUGGUAUGUAUUGUCUAUCUACGGAAAAGGAUGAAGAAUUCAUCGGAUUAUUUCAUCCUUAACUUGGCCUUUCUGGAACUCCUUACGUGUGUUAUUAGGAUUCCUGUGGAAAUUGCCGACCUCCGACAUCCAUAUAUGUUCUACGCACCAGCCGCUUGUAAACUUUUGAGAACGAUAGAAUCGUUUUCGAAUCUGGCAUCCACUUCAACUCUUACAGUUAUAGCAUUGGAUAGAUAUAAACGUAUAUGCAAAUUGGGGAAGCGAUUUUCCAAACAGGAAGCCAAGUGUCUGUGUAUCGCUGCUGUAGUUAUAGGCGCCAUGACCGGAUGGCCCGCCGCAGUGGUGUUUGGGAGGAAAUCUGUUGACGCGGGAAUCCCAGGCGCCAUUGGAGUUAGAUGUUCGACUGCAGACAUAAUGAAAAAUACAACAUAUCCAUUAUUGUUCUUUGGGUUCAUUGCUCUGUAUUUCAUUGUCUGUGUUAUUUUUAUUAUGUUUAUUUAUGUGCGUAUAUCAAUAUUUAUUCGUAUGAGAAAAUCUACACUCAAAAAGGAAACCAGUCCCCCAUCGUCACCUUUGCCCUCUAGCAAUUUACAGCCAAUCAGCAAAGGUCAGUCGAAAGAGUCAUAUCAUCAAAGGGAAAUAAAAACCAUCUCCAGGGUCAACACAAAAAAUUUCACAAAGACGACUACGAUUUUUGUUGUCAUAUCCAUCGUAUUUGUUGUAAGUUAUCUUCCCUUUUUUGUUGUCAUGGUUACAAGAAGCAUUAAGACAAACUUUGAGAGUAUUUUAUCGCCAGGAGUCGAGGUGUUGUAUAAGUUUUGUUUGAAAUCGUACUUUAUUAACAAUGCAAUUAAUCCAAUCAUUUACGGCUUUCUAAACAGGAAUUUUAGGGCGGAGGUGAUUAAAAUCAUAAUGAAAUGUAAUUAA